AUGCCCAAAUCCAAGAAAUUACAAAAUCAAAUUGAAAAUAAGUUAGAAAAGUUAAAUAGCGACACUUUGCAUAACCUCGUUGAAAACUUAAAAGCAACUUUAAAGUUAUUAGCGGAUAAAGAAUCACCAAAGGAAAAGAAUGAGUUCGGUGAACCAAUAGUUUUAGAAGCCGGUCUCUGCUCUUUAGUCGAUGAAUACGAGGAGGAUGAAAAUGAAGAGAUUUAA